UCGUAUAGAGACAGAUAAUCAAAGAAGCUUAAUUAGUUAAAUUUGGUCCUUAACUAAGAAGAAGAAAUUCAGAUGGAAGAAAAGAGCUCCAUAGUUAUAAUCACACUCCAAUCCACUUAAGUAUAAUCUUUUCAGCCCUCUCUCUUCAGCUUCCAGAUAUCACUCUCACCUCUCACCGGCGAUCUCCCUCUCACCUGUCGCACUCGUCAGUAACAGAUUUCCGUCGGCAGCAAAUAUGGCUCCACCAAAAUCCGUCCGUUCAAUAUCUCAACAAGCCUUCGAUGAAUUGGUGAAGGAAAAUAUUGAAGAUCUUGGAAUGGAUUCCACUGAAGCCCUUGAAGACGCUAUUCAAACCCUAACUCUCCAAGGCGUUGAUCUCUCCGGGAUUGUGACUAGCAUUUUGGGUUCUGGGGAGGAAAAUCCAGUAAUUCAAUCACUUGAGAAGCUGAAGGAAUUGGAUCGUGAUUGGAAGCAGGGAGGCGGGGAUGAGACUGAUGUGAAGGAAAUUAUUGAAUGGUUAGAUAAAUUGAAUGAUGCGUGUAAUGUUGAUGGAUCAGGAAAUGCUGCUAUAGCAACUAAGAAUGGUGCUAUAAAAUUGGUGUGUUCGAUAUGCGGUAAACUUGGGAGCGAGGGCCUUGUUUCAGCUCUGAAGACAUUGGUUUCCUUACUUCAUGAUCUACAGAGCACUGAAAUAUUUAGGGAGACUAAUGGUCCAAAGAUGGUUAUGAAUAUCCUAAACAAUAGGAAAGAAAACUUAAGCAUCUUGAACAGUGGAUUCGCUGUUGUUUCUGCCGCUGCAACUGGGAAUGAGGUCCUCAAGGAGGCAUUUAUGAACUUGAAAAUUGAUGAGCUGAUUCUUCAAUGUCUAAGAGAAUUUAGUAGGGGGAGUAUUCCUUGUUUAUAUGAUGCUGUACGAGUCCUGCUAACCUCUGAUGACAAUCGUGUUGUGGCCUCUGAAGUUUAUGGGUAUGCCAGAAGGUUUGCAAAAAUAGGAAUUGUUGAAGCACUUGUUGAUUCACUUCAUGAUGGGAUCAAGGCGCCUAGUCUGGUGUCUGCAAGUGUUGCUUUAAAAGCUAUUGCUGUUAAUGAUGAUAUAUGCAGAGCCGUUGCUGAAAAUGGUGGUAUAGACGCAAUUCUUCGAUGUAUAGAUGACAGCAGUGAACAGGGUGAAAAAGUCGUAGCCAUAACUUGCUGCUCCUUGUUAUCUAAGUUGGCAGGAAGUGACAUAAACAAGAGUGCUAUUGUAGAUAAGGAUGGCAUGGACAAGCUUAUGAAACUUGCAAUGAGAUUUUCCGAUGAUCCGGCUGUGCUACAUGAGGAAUCCGAAUUUUUCAUAUAUCAGUCCAUCUUCUGUCAUUUGGGGUGUUUCAUCGUCACAAGCUAUCUCGUAUGCUGAUUUGGUGCUGAACUUCCCAUUACCUGUUCCAUUUCAAAUGAUUUUAUCUACAAAUACAACAUUAUUUGCAAUAAAAUGGGAUAAACCAAUAAUUUUGUCAGAUGAGUCAAGAUAAUAAAUUGUAGAAGAUAGAUCCAAUUCUCAUCCAUCAUCACAUCAGAUGCGGUAAUGAAAUGUCUACCCGAGUCAAUAUCAAAACAGGCUUGGCUUUUCAAUAUCAAAAAGCAAAAAAAAGGCUUAGCUUUCAUAAGACUUCUCCAAAAAUGGGAAGCAUUUUGCUUAGGUAGCCAAUUCGACUAAGUUUGAUUUUGAAUAUACUUGCUGCGAAUCACAUAGUCCAAAGAUCAUUAAACUCAAAAGCUAGUUUGGAAUCAUAUUUUGCAAGCAUUACAAGAUUGUGGUUUCUUUACAUUUUUUUUAUAUCCAAACCUCCUUUCCUUUUGCAUUUUACAAACAGUAUCCCAGUGGACAAGGUGUACUUUCUUUUUUUUUCUUUUCAUUCGUGUCAUUGCAUAGGAAAGUCCUAUUAAUUCCAUAUAUCUUUGUGAACACCUCAAUAGGUACAGAACUAUCUGCAUGUAUACAAUUUAGGCACCAAAAGACCUCUUUGCUACUCUUUCCAUG